UACAGCGGAUUUUUCAUUUCUUUUAGUACUGAAAAACGUACGACAGGUCAAAAUAUUACUACUUUGCUUGAAAAUUAUAAGUUUGAUCAAGACUUCGGUGUUAUUGGGCUUAAUACAUUUUUUAAAAUUGAUGAUGAAUUUUGUUUAAAAUUGAAACGAAUUUUUACAAAUUUAGCCAAAGUCGAUGAGCCAUGUGAUGCUAUAAAUCAUUUCACUCAGAAUCCUAAGAAAUUAUUAUAUUUCGUAUGUAUUGUUUCACAUUUAGAUGAGCGUUUCAUACCAUCAAUUCAUAAUGAGUCUAUUAUUCAUCAGAUGUACGUUUAUUGUCGAAAUUCAUAAGAACAACAAUGGAUUGACAAAAAUCAUAAAAAAAACAAAAAAUAAAAUUUUUUUAAAUCAGAAUUUACUUAUUAAAGAAUUAAGACAAUUUAUAUUUGAUGCAAAUACGAGGCAAAACGAACUGUCAGAAGAGAUAUCACUAUCAUCAGCAUCAUCAACAUCAUUUACAUAUUUUAAACAAAGUGAAAUAUCAAGUCCAAUAAGAAAUUUAGAUAAAGAAACUAUUGAAUUUAUUCAAUUUCAAUUGCUUAUUGAAAUAAUACUUCGGUUAUCAUUGAACGAAAAAGCAAAAAGUGAUAUCAUAAAAGUAUAUCAUAAUUAUUAUAGUGAUAAUGAAACACAAAAGAAAUAUAUUUCAGUAUUUGAAUCAAACUAUGAAACAAAAAGGCCUCUUGAAUGGUACACAGAUCCCCAAAUGAAAUUUUGUCAUAAAUUAACAAAUAAAGCAUUUAGGACAUAA